UAGAAUUACAACCACACAUAACAAGCAAGAAUAGUCGGCAUUGUGUGCUUAUUUAAAGGACUCUUAUCUUCUUUCUUUGUAUCUUUCUAACUCAACUCUUUGGCAUUACUGUGAAGAGAAACAAGAUGAAGGUAUUAGGAGGAGGAACAUGGGUUUGGUGGUGCAUGAUAAUGCUUAUUAUCAUGAUCACUACCAUUGUUAACCAAUCAGAAGCACAACAAUAUCGUACGGUGGGAUUCGAAUUACAUAAAGAGAAUUCACCAAAUGGGUACGCAAAUUUCUUGAGAAGGUUGCGCAGUGCAGUCUCAGCUCCCACAAGAACAUGUGGUUUAAACAUUACACAAAGUAAUCCACCAAUAGACAGAGAAUAUGUCUACAUAAGGCUACAAUUUAGCGACACACAAUGGGUAGUACUAGGAAUGGCUGCCAAAGAUAUGUAUAUUUGGGGUUAUACUGACAAUAGGCCAGGCUUCGCACCAGGCCAACCGCCACCUGAGCCAAACUUCCUAAUGGAUUCUCCGCCAGAAGCACGACAACGUCUUUUCCCAGGUUCUACCAAAAGAAUAACAAAUUACGAAGGACAUUACAUCAGUCUUCAACAAGCAGCAAACAGGAAUCGUUUUGAUGUUCCAUUGGGACUGGCAAGCCUAGAAGGCGCACUUAGAAGCGUGUAUGGAAAAUCAACUUCAGAGUUGAAUAAAGGCCGGAAAGAAGAAGCAAGAUUUUUUCUUACGACCAUCCAAAUGGUUGCAGAAGCAGCACGUUUUAGGUACAUGGAGAGAGGGAUAUCAGCACCACCAGAUGAUUUUAGACAAAAUAUGAUAGCUUUCCAAAAUAGUUGGGAUACAAUCUCUACUCUUAUACAUAAUGCAGAAGGGGCUACUCCUAAGUGUGGGGCUUUUCCUCAGCCUCUUCGUAUUGGUUUCCUUACGUAUGGAAAUGUCAAUGAGAUAAGGAAUGAGAUUGGAAUUCUCAAGUACUAAAUUUUACGCUAUAAUAGAUGAUGCAACUAGACAUCAAAUGUAUACAUUAAUGAUCGUCGUUUAUGUAUAAUAAAUCUUGUAUUCAUGUA